GGGAUUUUGCCUGGCUCUCGCGCGACAGUAGAGCCCGGGACAGAUCCGAGACGAACGGAGUGGAUCCCUGAAGUGGUGCGGUUCUCGGUGCCCGAGUCCUCUUCGGCUCUUCGGGCUGCCGACUCCACAGGACGUUGCUCCUUACCUUACGUUACGCUGCCAAGUUACGGCUCUGCGGUUAUACGUGAAAGACGAGGGGCCGUAGGGAGCUACGAGGGAAGCUGUCAGACUGGAAGAUAACCAAAGUCCUACCGCAUAGAUACUGACAAUAUAGAAAAGGAAUUGCCUAAAGUCACACUGAAAAGUCAAGUCACGCUUCCGAGUCCUCGCUGACGUCGCUCACGAGCGUUCGGCUUCCUGAAGAGCUCUUUUGCGACCCUUCCUCAUUACUCUUCACAUGUUGGCCUCGCACGUCUCGCGCGUCUCGGCACCCGACCCGCACACGCAGAAUUUACACGCGUUCUUACUCACUCUGACAGGCCACGUUUCCCUCGUUAUCUUCCACUUGUCCUGCUCCUACUCAUCGGCCUUAUUGCCAUUCUGCUGACAUCUCGGUACCCGCCGCAAUCUCUUAAUCGCUCCUUCUGGUUUGGCCUCGAGUGCUUUUGGAUCUGGUGCCGAUUUCAAAAGUGCACCGUGCCGACCACGGGUUACGGGAUACGAUUGCGUUGUGCUCGACGAGGAAUCGUGUUAACGAGAGUUUUGGUGAAAAGAUGCGAUUCUACAAGUUCACCGCUAUUCGGGGCGAGAUAGGUAGCACGCUGAUACGAUAACUCUUUCGAGUUAUUUUACGAACCAGGUCUUAAAGUGGUGAUAACUGACGUAACCCAGUGAGAAGGACCUUUUCAGUUUUAUAUUUUCACCUUCUUCGAUUUAAUAUUAAUCCCCGUGAAAUUUUUGGAAAAAGUUCUUUAUUUUACUCGUGAUCUACCUGAACCUGAAGUGGUGCAGGCGGAUGAAACGAAAUUGCUGUGAUUCGAUGAGGACGGGUGGCCGAUAUCUCAACGAUGUUUCGAUGGAGAUACUCGCAGCUUCCGAGCGGAAUCUUCCUCAGUGUCACAGAUCGACGUAAUUACAAUCGUCGAGUGGUCUUCCUGGAUACAGUCGUUGAAGAAGAAAGUAGGAAUUGAUUCGCGAUUCCCUGUGUCGCGCGAAAGGUGUGGACCAAUCGAAGGAGUUACCGUGAAAGAAAGAGAGAGAAGGAUUUCGCUGGAGAAGGAUAGCUAGAGUUUGGAAAGUGGUAAAUCGAAAGACGGGGAAUCUCGAUGACUCCCGUGGGAUUAUCAGUGACGGAGGAUUCCAGGAGAUCGACAGAGUUUCUUGACGAUGGAAUGGCUCGGAAGAGGCUCGUGCUGCGUCCUGGGAGGUGUGACUUCCGUCAACUGGGAGGAAGGAAGGCCUGAAGCCUCGAGGAAGAAGAAGAAGGACGCGGGAGGCAGAUCUUGGGGCCCAGCAGAGAGUCCCGGGCCAGGAGGGCUCCACAGAUGCGGGGCCCGGAGGCCCCAGCCCGCGGCGGCGUGACGCGAUGCGGACGCCCGCCUCCUCUUCAUCGUCCUCAUCCAGCGGCGCCUCAUCGGGAUCCUUGCUGGAAACCGUGUCGGUACCAAGGAAGGAGAAGACCCGGAACCGGUGGAUCGUCCACGAGGGGAAUCAGCGACUCGGCUGGUUCCCGGCCAGUAAGGAAUUUCACAGUGCUAGGAAUAAUUCUUCAAGAGAAAAGCGACGAGAAGAGAAGCCGACGGAAAAGGUUCCCGAGGAGAAGGCGGAAGGUCUCCCUGAGGAGUGCUUUGGUCAUGAUGGCGAAACCCGAGAGGAUUCCUUCCGCUCGAAGAAUACCCUCAGGACUCCCAGAGUCUGUCCAAGAUAUUCGAGACUUCCCUGUAGAAGCUUCGUCAUGGGCUUCCUCGUCCUGGGACUGGUCUGCGGAUACCGGUGGCCCGGAAGAGCCGCGGCUCUCGCAGAAGGGCAAAAGUACAGCACCAGGGAGAUCACCACGCAGUACGGUACUCUGCGAGGGAUCGUGGCAAGGGCCGCUGCCGUCGAAGCUUACCUCGGGGUGCCCUACGCCACUCCGCCCCUGGGGGAGCUUCGGUUCAUGCCCCCCAUCACGCCCACCUCGUGGAGAGGAACUAAAUUCGCGGACACCAUGCCACCUGCGUGCCCUCAGCGACCUCCGACCCCAGACCCAAGUAUACCACGCUCGAGACGAUCCUACCUCGAGAAAAUAGCACCGCUUCUGGCUAACCAGAGCGAAGACUGCCUUUACCUCAAUCUCUACGUACCAAGACCAUCCCACGGAAGUAACACGGAUCUCCUUCCGGCACUCCUACUCGUUCAUGGGGAUUCCUACUCGUGGGGUGCCGGCAACCCCCUGGACGGUACGGCACUGUCGGCGCACGGCCAUCUCAUUGUGGUCUCCAUUAACUUUCGUCUCGGCGUUUUGGGAUUUUUGAAAACUGGUCCAAAAAGUAGCGCUCAGGGCAACUACGGACUUAUGGAUCUUCUCGCAGGACUUCAUUGGCUACGACAGAAUCUGGAAGCAUUCGGAGGCGACCCUGAUCGCCUCGCCCUCAUGGGUCACGGAACUGGAGCAGCGCUCGUCAAUUUUCUAUCAGUUUCGCCGAUGGGGAAAGAGCUCGUCCAGAAGGUGGUCCUCUUGGGUGGCUCGGCUUUGUCACCCUGGGCGAUUCAGAGGGAUCCCCUGAUGGUGAAGCGACGAGUCGCCGAACAGACCGGAUGUCCUGGUGACGUGGAGGCGGACGACAUCGCACCGUGCCUUCGUCUUCGUACCCUCGACGAGUUGCUGGACGUCAAACUCGAUCCGCCGAGAUUCACUUCCGGUUUUGCACCUUUCAUAGACGGCGCUGUUCUCCCACUCGCCACCAAUCAGAUUUUCCAGCCGACAGCGUCCUCCGCGGGCCUUAUACCAGUUAUGCCGGGUCCCGGAAUGGAAUUCGCAGCCUUUGGGAACCGAGACCUUCUUAUGGGACUUACGUCAGGCGAGGCGUGGCUCGAGCUCACCGACCAGGAUUUGCAGGUUGGCCUCAACGAGACCAGGAGAGACCGAAUCCUUCGGACCUACGUGCGCAACACUUACCGCUACCAUCUGCACGAAAUCUACUCGACCUUGCGCAACGAGUACACGGACUGGGAACGGGGCGAGCAGAGUCCUCUGGCCAUCUGCGAGGGUCUCCUGUCUCUCCUGGGGGACGGUCAGGUCGCGGCUCCUCUCCUGAGGUUGGCGAUCCUUCACUCCUCUUCCGGAGGACGAGGGUACUUCCUGCACUUUCAACCUGGAGAGCGAACGAGUCUUCGCGGUGAGGAGGUUCCUUACCUCCUGGGGAUUCCUCUUCUGAGGGGGGAAGCUACGGCCUCGGCUUCCGCUACGCAAAACAACUACAGCAACGCCGAUGAGAACUUAUCGCGACUCCUCGUCCACUACCUGGCGAACUUUGUGCGCCGCGGGGAUCCGAAUAAGGCGAAUAGUCUGAGCUCGCUGGAGAAUCAUGCGUCCAGUCCACCUUUUUGGGAUUCCUAUGAUGCGAUAAACCAGCUCUACCUCGAGGCGGGUCGGACUACGGAGAUGCGAUCGCAUUAUCGAGGUCACAAAAUGUCUCUCUGGCUGAACUUGCUGCCGCAGCUGCAUAGACCAGGCUAUGAGAUUAGCAUGCGCCAUCAUCAUCUGUCGGAAAGUCCUAGUCUCUAUGAAGGAGCCGUCAGACCACAGACGAUGGCGCUUCCGCUUCCGGCGCCCCCGUUGCCCGCACCUUCGCCGACGGAAGCAUCGAUGGGAAAUUCCGUCGGGACGACCGAGUGCACACCCAACCUGACAACGACCCUGCCGACUACCUCGCGGACCCAGCAUCCGAAUCUUGGUCCCGGGCCUAAUAAUCUCCUGAGAAAAUUAGCCUCGAGUCAUUAUCAGAGCUACACGACUGCCUUGACCGUCACCAUAGCCGUCGGGAUAUUCCUGCUUCUUCUGAAUAUCCUGAUAUUCGCCGGGAUUUAUCAUCAACGCGACAGGAACUCCUCAUCCUCUGCCUUCGGGGACAAGAAGAAGGAAGAACUCCUGGAAGCCGGAUGUUCCGGCAUGGAGACGACGUGCGGGAAGCAGAGACUCUCCCUCGCCUUGGUGGAUUCGCCAUCCUCAACUCCACCACCUCACAAGGCGAAACUCGUUCAGGAAUUGGAGCUGCAGUUGCAGGAGUUUCAGUGCUCGCCACCUCCUGGAGGUGGGAAGCGGGUGACGGAGCUACCCUUCUACAGCAGAAGUCCCUGCACUCCUAGGGCACAUUCGCCAUCACCUUUCAUUCCCAACGACGAGGACGACGAUGACGACGAUGACGACGAUGACGAUGACGAUCACGACGGAGUCCCGGAACCUCCGCCUCCGCCUAAGGCUCCUGCUCCUAACCUCAUCUCCUGCCCUGGAAUCUUGAGGCAACCAGGGACACCUGGCAGCGCCAAGAAACGAGUCCAGAUUCAGGAGAUAUCAGUGUAGAGUGAUAAGGUGCCGGAGCGACACGACCUCAAGAUGACUAGAGACAGUCUGAUUGCUAAAACCGGAUUGACCUUUGCACCAAGUGGAAUUACUCGAGGAAUUGGAGCACCUUGUCUUCGUGGUUUAGGGUCAAAGUGCGACAGGGUGAAGGAUUCAAGGGGAUUCCAGAAGGAGAUGAUGAUGAACCCCAAGGAGUUCUCAUCCCCGGUGUGUCGCGAGAGUGUCCGAAGUUUUACUAGAGUGGUGUAAGAUGUCUCCAAAAGGGCCAGAGAAGAAAAUAUUACUAAGAAAAGAGUAAAUUGUAAUUUUGUGGAUGAUAAUUUUUCGGAAGAGAAAGAGAGAGAGUGUGUGUGUGUCCGGGUCCAUCCUAAUCAUUCCGUUUAUUUCAGGGGUGCUUACAAGUGUUCAUUGACCGAGCCGCAAUCAAAACUGAAAUCAAAAUAUUUUCGAUUAGAAUGACGUAUAGCAAAAUAUCGAGAGCUAUAGUGAGAUUCGCGAACACAAUGUGGCCAUGUUAGUCAUUAUUAAUCGGAAGGGGUGCAGUCUCAUUUUCAGUACAAUUCUACAUCUCCAUGUCCUCAUUCUUUCCAUCGUUCCCAGAAAGUCCCAGUCCACCUGCGUCUAUAACUAUAGUCACCCCUUCCGAUCUCAUCCGAGAAAAUCAGCGAAAAAGAUGUCUAGAAAAUGUUAUCAAUCGAUCUGAUCAUUAACACGCUUCCCACAAUUUCGAAAACUCAAGGAAAACGGCCGAACGCGUCGAAACUUACGACUCUCGUAAAAACCAAUGAAACAUAACCGGAAGUACGUAGUAUAAUUUAUGUACAUGUACCCAUAGAUAAGAGACGUAAUGUAUAUCUGGAGAAGGUAUUCAGCUCAAGGCGUACAAAAAUGAGGAUCUAACGUACGUAGGCGUGUGGCCGUGGAUUAAUACGUAACGCAACAUAAUGGAACGCACAAUGUGUAGAAGCAUCAGAAGGAGUUAGAAGGUAGAAGGUGAUAAGCGAUUAUUACCGUGGAAAAACUGCCUGAUUAAAAAAAAAUAAAAAAAUGGAGUAAUUAACUAUCCUAGAUGAAAUAAAUAAUUGUAAGCACCCCGAGUCUAAACCCGAGCGAGGGGCCAUCCGUAAACCUAUUUUAGCUUAGUCGAAGACACUCGACGCCUCGACAGGCAGUCGCAACGAUCGCGUAUCGUCGUCGUAUAUACUGUUAACGAGUAUACCGAUUUCAAGUAUACGUAACACAAUGAUUUUCGAAUUCAAAAAAGCUGAAAGUCAUGAAGUCAUCUUUUAUUUGGAAAAACAUUGUUUUUUCUCGUGAUGACGAGGUCCGUCGUCGUUGGCUUCCGGUGUUCGAGAAACGAGAAGCCUCAGUCAGACCAAUGGAUAUCCGCAGUAUCAUUCUGUUAUUUUAUGAGAAAGACGUCAAAAUGAAGUAAACGAAGACUGCACCUAAUUAUGCUUUGGGGUUAAUAGGGCGAUUCUUUCGACUCGAACUUCUCUCGCGGCUCUGGCCAACCGACUGCCGCGAUAAUCGUUAACUUUAAUAUGCUCGGAGCUCGAGUGCUGGAGGGUCGGAAGGACUCGUUACGCCGGUAGUCCUGUAUUCAGGAUCAUCCGGUAUCAGAGCUACUUUGAGCUACUCGUUUUCCGGACAUGGGAAACUACAAAAUUUUGCGAAUUCCCAUAUCGAACGAGCCGUUUCAGUUUUACGCAUUCGAAAUCAUAAAUACGUAUACUACAUACUUGAGACAUUGUACAUGCGCGAUGGGAACACUAUUAAAGAUACUGAAGUUAAUAUACAUUAACUUAAUUACACGUACACAUAAAGAAAUAAACACAGUAAGAAGACGCGUCUAUCAAUGUUUCCGAUGUUGGCAUUUGUUUAAAUAAAUACCUAAAGCAUUGAAAAAGGCA